GUCGGCCAUCGACCGAACGAUGGGGUACUGGGCCUUGGGAACGGGGCUGCAGCUGUUGCUGCUGCUCUUCGUGCUCGGCGGUAGUGAACUCCAGGUUAAAGCGAAGGGUAGCCUCACACUGCGUUCCUUCGACGAAAUGGUACUCGAGUGUGCCGAGCUGAUGUCGAUCGUUCACUCCAAGCUGGCCAGGAUACGAUCAGGUGUGAUGUUGCCGGAUGAGGACACAAAGUGCUUGAUUAGGUGCGUCGGUAUUAGUGGACGGUUCUGGAAUGACCACACGGGACUGCGCAAGGAGCUUUUGGCUCGAUAUUUUGUGACCGAUCCAGCUGACGCUUACAAUGUGAACCGCACGGAAACUUGUUUGCAGGAGCUGCCUGUUCUAGAGUUAAAUGCUGAAAAGUGCUGUGGGUUAGCGUUUGAGUCCUUUCUGUGCUAUUACUACAACUAUGGAAACCUGCGGCAGGAUAGUGUGUUCGUGCCACUCGACCAUCUGCAGCUGCAGCAUGUGACAUCGCGUUGUAUGGAUGUGCAUCAGAUCACAACAGAGCAGCUCAUGAGCCUCAGUGAAGGGGCAAUGGACGCAAACGACAAAGUUCACUGUUUGGUGCGAUGCAUCGGACUCCAGACUGGUGUAUAUAGUGAUCGCGAAGGUGUCAGUAUCGAUCGGCUCUAUGCUCAGUACGGUGAAGGUCAUUGUGAGAAAGAGUUCAAAACACACGCUGUCGAAUGUAUCACUAAGCAUAGAGAACUUGCGUAUGGUAGUCCCUGCAAACGGGCGUACCAUUUGCUGUACAAGUGUUUCGAAGACGUGCGCAACGUUAUAUCGGCCUAUGAGUUACCAGAUUCGGAUGGAAAUUAGUCUCGGGAUAGGUUCAAGGCACACACAAUUACCAGUACAACACAGAAAUUCCCGAAUGCAAGAACGUAGGAUCUCUACAAUACUUAUGUAUCAAAUCGUGCGAAUCGAGUUGGAGUAUGUGAUUAGUUAAUCGAUUCCUAUGGCAUAUACUGAGAAUCGUAUUACAUCGGUGGGUUAGAGUGUAUGAAAAAGAGAAGGUAAAGAUUAAGACUAAAAUAAAAUUUGCAUGCCGUGAUCAGCAUAAAAUACUAAACAAUCAAUUGAGAGUAAUACAAGAAAGCAAAACGAAACGAAACAAAAAGAAAGUUUUCUAGGGCAAGAAUAAAAGUUCAAACUAGAAUAAUUAAACUUGUCUUGUAAAAAGUUGCAGUAUUUUCAACAGU